GCAGAAACCAACAUGAAAAGAAACCAACAUCAUCUAUAUGCUGUAAAAUACAAAAGGAUGAGUGUCGAGUUAGCACAGUGGUUCUACCGACGGUCCAACCGAAGUAUUUCCGCCGGCAGAGAACAUGCUGCUUUAGGCUCAGAUGUAAGUUCAGUAAGUGAGUAUGAGGAAAAUUUUGCUAUCUGCCAGCAGUUUGUCAUCUCUAACUUGAAAUAUCACAGAUUCCUCAGUGUUGACAGUCACAAAGUUACAAGACAGCUAGACGGUGUAUGUGAGAAAUUGAAGAUUCAUUCAGAAUCAAAAAAGGCAUCAAAGCUUCAAGCACUGUCAGAAGAAUUUCUAGAAACAGCAGUGUAUGAGGGCAAGGAUGUUGGAAAAACGGACACACACUACUCUGUUUUGUUAUUCCUCUUGCUGAUAUCAAACGAUCCUAUACACAGUGACUAUGUGGAAACAGAAAAGGUCACUGCCCAAGACAUGAAAGACGACAUUGACUGGGGAGCUUAUUUAUUAGAAGGCAUUCAAAGAUACGAUCCCAGUGAUGGAGAGUUAUCAGAUUGGACUGACGAUGAUGAUGACAGUGAAGAAGAGAAGUAUGUAAGACGUACUGCCCGCGAUAACAGUCAAUCGUUUGAUGAACGGCAGACAGUAGCUCCAUAUAUUGUCUCAGAUUCAAGUACUGUUCAUGAGGAGGAGCCUGGAGAUGUGGAAGAUUGUGAUUGGUUGUCAAGAAAUUUGAUAGCCCAGUACUGGAAAGGGGAGAAAGUGGAGGUGGAGACAGGGAAAUAUAGAUCAUGUCAGCUUAAUAACAACUGGGAGGCAUACAAAGAAAGAAUAGAUCCAUUGUCUUGUGACAGAAAUAAAGUGGUGGUUACGGAAAAUGUUCUUCUACGAGAAGUUAUAUGGAUGUUAAUGGGCAUAUCUAACCUGUAUCUACUGGAGUUCAAUGGCCGUUUCUUCGUACCAAAACGAGACAUCAGUGUGCCACACUUGUCAGAGGAAUCAUUACACAACUGUCUUACACAAUUCACCAGAUAUGGUGCUUACAUACAGAUUCUACAGAAUUUUGUUGAAGAAUGUAACCAUGGAAACAGAUCAGAUAUUUGCCAGACAUACCAGUCUUUUGCUAGUACAGUGGCAGACUUCUUACAGGAUGUGAAGACACAGUUAUCCAUACUCGAGCAGAAACUCAUUAAGCAAGAGGAGGUAUUGACCUUGCUGACUGUAGCUAGGGAUACAGAACCAUUGAUGCAGAAAGUUGGGAUUGUAUGCCUCGUCUAUAUGCGUGGAAUUCAUCAGGGGAGACCAUACAAGCUGGCUAGUCAGAAAGCUACGUUACUACUGACGACGUUGUACAACACGCUUCUCAGCUGUGAUACAUUGUUUGAAACACCUUUGUUCGACGAGGGAGGUGUUGACCUGAAUCAAGGACAGAACUGUGAUACAACAGAUAUGCUAAAGUUGUUGCUUCCAAUGUGGAUACAGACAUGCCAGCCAUACAUCAACAUCAUAGACACAUGGAUAUCACAUGGUUAUCUCACUGACCCUCACAGUGAGUUCAUUAUACAAAGAAACAAAGAAAUAGACACUUUAGAUGAAACAUUCUGGGAGAAGUCAUUUGCUUUCCACACAAUGGUGAAAGAUCCUGAUACAUCUGGAAGUGGUUCGGACAAAAGGGUGCAAGAAUACGACACAAUGGACUGGGCACCCAAGUUCCUUCAGCCUGUCUUACAACAAAUAGUUCUUACUGGAAAAUCCAUGGAAAUGUUAGAAGGGCUCGGGAAAUUAGCAGAAUAUGAUGGAAAAGGAUUUUCUAAUCAUCUGAAUGAAUUUAAAGAAACUCACUUAUAUGACAAGUUUAUCACCUCAUUGCAAACUCUUCUGGGGACUAAAACUAAAUCAGACAGUGGAGAGGAAACAAGGGGCACGACUCAGAAUGAACCAGUUUUCUCCCCUGAUAUUGAAAGACAAAUGAAGGAAAAGGGAAUUCAUGACAGCUUCCUGAAAAUGCAUUUUGAAAAGAUAAUGCAGCAAGAUACUGAAUACCAUUCCAUCUUAGAAGAAAACUUUUCACAAAAGAUGCAUUCCCUGAAUUUAGACAAUCUUCAGCCAGUAGAAUUGAUCCUGCAGGAAUGUUUGUAUCCACAUAUAUACAAACAGUAUGGAAAAGUAUGUCUCAAGUUAGUUGACACACUGAAAACUGAAUAUCAUCUGAUGGAUUAUCUGAAAGCAAUGAGGAGAUUCUUCUUAAUGGAAGCAGGAGACACAAUGUUUAUUUUCUAUACAGAGAUAUUUGAUAAGAUCAGAUUACACGAGCAUUGGAAGGAUACCACAACAGUAACAUGGGCCCUGCACGAGGCGCUUGAUCGACAUUUCCCUGAUGAGGUGACCAGGAUAGCUGUAUUCGUUGACACAAGUGAAGAUGAUAGAGAUUCUCAGCCAAUCAAUGUGACAAACUGUUUGAAACUUCAGUAUCAGAUUCCUAGUCCAGUGGAUGUUGUGAUCAAUGAAAGAUGUCAAGAGAUUUACAACCACAUCUUCAGUUUCCUGCUUCAAGUUAAACGUGCCAAAUAUUGCCUUGAUGAACUCAGAUUUUAUGAUCUUGCCAAAGAGUGUGCUUCCUCAACCACAGACAGAUUGUUGAAGUCCCUCAGCCUGGAUAAAGAACCUCGGUCAGCCAGAAUUCACAGAAUGCAUCUCCUCAGAAUGAAACUCAUCAACUUUGUUAACAGUCUACACAACUAUAUCAUGACUAGGAUUCUGCAUAGUAUUGGACUGGAGUUUACACAUGAUUUGAAGGAAGCCAAAGAUUUGGAUCAGAUUAUUGAAAUUCAUGCAGGAUAUAUUCGUAAAAUCCAUGAGCGUUGUCUACUACACAAGAAAAAUACCUUCCUGAAAGAGGCUGUGCUGAAGGUGCUUAACCUAUCUCUUAGAUUUCAAAAAGAGUGGGAUUGUGGGAUAGAUAAUAUCAGUAUGAAGCAGAUUGAAGAUACAGAGAUGGAGUUUUCACGGUGUAUACAAUUUCUCAGAUCAUUCCUUAACUCUGUCAUACAAAGGGGAUCAUUUCCACAUUUGGAAUCAUUAGCAUUUGGUUUGGAGAACUUGAUUCCAAGGUAACAAGACAUCUGGGUCAUGUUUGUGGAGCAUGUGCUCAAUGCGGAGUGGUAUACAGAGGACAGAGGAGCCGGACAUGCAGAGUACUGGAGUAAAUAACUUGUAUUGAGCUGUAGUAGAAUGGACUCGAGUAUGGGACCCUGCAGUGUAGAGAAAACCUGUUUCCAUGCCACUGUCAACAGAGAAUGAAAGUUUAUUCAGAGAUUAAAAGACAUAUCCAGGAGUUUCCAGAGUGCAUCUUUUCACCCAUGCACUUUUGUGUUGCAAAGGGCUACAAAAUAAAUGUGGUUAAAUUUAGCAGAAUACAAUGAACUGAUAACUUUGUCAGGAACUAUAUACAUAUAUAGACAUAAUAAACAAUGUGACUGUUAUUGUGGCAGAUACGAGUUGCUUAGUAACGAGCAGUGUGAACUUUAGUUUUUCCCCAUUUGCUAAUUUAUAUUGAUCUAUAUUUAUAAGAAAAACUGUACAAUUCACACUAGCAUUAUUUCAUUUUUGAAAACAUUUAUAAUUUGCCUGGAAUAUCUGAUAUUCCUGAUUUCAUGCCUUGCUUCUAAGAUUAAAAUUUAGCAAAUGAUUAUAAAUUAACAUGUUACAAGGAUCUUUAAAGAUUAUUACCGGUACUUGGCAUCUCUAUUGUACCGUACAUGUAUAUUACAUACUGUAAUAAUAUGACUUUGAUAACAUAUAUUUUGGCCUUUUUUUUAGCUUACCAGAGCAGAAAGUGCUUGGGGUGAGCUAUUUUGAUCACUCACCCAAUGUCCUAUGUUCUGAGUCAGGGGCAAUAAAAAAUGUCAAUAUAGAAACAACCUGCUGGAGUUAUCUCCACUGUUAAUGAAGAAAAAUUAUAUAUGAGAAAUAUGACAGAACAAACAUAGGGAUGGGAGCUAUAUGUACCUAUAUGAAUAUGAUCGAAAUUUUAAGAAUCUUUUUGUCAGAAACAGCCUUGAGUGAACCUUGGAUGACUCUUUACCAAAUUUGUUAAAAUUAUUCUUAUUUGUCGAAAAAAACUUGGCUGCCUGAGGGCGUGGUCAUUGCUCCCUAUAAUUAUAUAUUUGUAAUGGAAACUUCAAAAUUCUUCUUGUCAGAAACUGCUUGCCUGUUUUUGAAAUAAUUUUACACAAAUCUUCCUUGGGUGACUUUUACUAAAAUUGAUCAAAUCAUUCUCAUUUGUCAAAAAAGCAUUGCUGUCAGACCUAAAUAUAAAAACACUCCAAACUAUAUCUCCUAAACUAUUAGUCUUAAAGUCUUAUUUUGAAACAAUUUCACAGACAUGUUUCUUUGGUGGCCAUCUACUAAAAUCGCCUAAAACCUACCUGCCUAUGGGCAAGUCUGUUUUCCCCAAUAUAGCUCUUCUUCACUGAAUUUGCAGGCCAGUUUUCAAAGUCAAUUGGCAGAAAUGUUUCUUGUUGUACCAGUGUGAGCUGAAAAUCGUGGGUAAGCAAUAUAGGGCCAUCAUGGCCCUCUUGUUUACUUAAUUUGCCAACUGGUGUUUUAAAAAUAGAUUAAAUGCAGAAUUUAGCAUGGUGAUUGAUACUUGUAACGUUCAUUUGCAUUUAAUUUAAGAAUAAUUUAUAGCAAAAGAGUGCUUUAACACUAUUUAUGCAAGAUGGGCGGUUAUAUGUCGGGCUCAAUAAUUUCACGAGGACGCAGCCCGAGUGAAAUUAUUUGUACGACGUAUUACCGCCCGAGUGUAUAAAUAGUGUUAAAACACGGUUUUGCUAUAAAUUAUGUUGAUUCUAAUAUGCCCUUAAUCUAAAACAGUAGAAGAAAUAUAGUAGCGCUCUUUCUUGGUCGCAACAAAAACAUUGACGUCACCGCACGUUAAUGUGACGUCAUUGUAGCGUAAGAGUGCUUUAAUAGAGAAGAGAAUACAUAUUAGAAUACAUAUUAAAGAAGACACAAGCAAAAUUAUAGAAAGUUCUCAGUGCUACAACUUACACCUGUAUAUGUUGUUAUGCCCCCCUUCGAAGAAGGAGGGGUAUAUUGUUUUGCAGAUGUCGGUCGGUAGGUCUGUCGGUCGGAAUGUAGACCAAUCCGUUUCCGGAUGAUAACUCAAGAACGCUUGGGCCUAGGAUCAUGAAAGUUUAUAGGGAGGUUGGUAAUCACCAGCAGAUGACCCCUAUUGAUUUUGAGGUCUGUAUGUCAAAGGUCAAGGUCACAGUGACCCUGAAUAGUAAAACGGUUUCCGGAUGAUAACUAAAGAACACUUGGGCCUAGGAUCAUGAAAGUUGAUAGGGGGAUUGGUAUUGGCCAGCAGAUGACCCCUAUUGAUUUUGAGGUCAGUAUGUUAAAGGUCAAGGUCACAGUGACCCUGAACAGUAAAACGGUUUCCGGAUGAUAACUCAAGAACGCUUAGGCCUAGGAUCACGAAAGUUAAUAGGGAGGUUGAUCAUGACCAGCAGAUGACCCCUAUUGAUUUUGAGGUCAGUACGUCAAAGGUCAAGGUCACAGUGACCAGGAACAGUAAAAUGGUUUCCAGGCAAUAACUCAAGAACGCUUGGGCCUAAUGUUAGGAAAAUUAAUAGUUAGGUUGGCCAUGACCAGCAGAUGACCCCUAUUGAUUUUGAGGUCAUUAGGUCAAAGGUCAAGGUCACAUUGGCCAGGAACAGUUAAACGGUUUCUGAUCUUCUUGUCCAAAACCACAGGGCCUAGGGCUUUGAUAUUUUGUAUAUGACAUCGAGUGGUCCUGUACUAAGAUUAUUCAAAUUAUUCCCCUAGGGUCAAAUAUGGCUCCGCCCUGGGGGUCACAUGGUUUACAUAGACUUAUAUAGAGAAAAACUUUGAAAAUCUUCUUGUCCAAACCACCAAGACUAUGGCUUUGAUAUUUCGUUAUGUAGCAUCAUUUAGUGGUUCUCUACCAGUUUGUUCAAAUUAUCCCUCUAGGGUCAAAUAUGGCCCCGCCCCAGGGGUCAUAUGGUUCAUAUAGACUUAUAUAGGGAAAAACUUAGAAUCUUCAUGUCAAUAACUUACAUCAUUCAAAUUUAGACCACAUGUAUAGUUUUGAGUGGCAAGAUGAACCUUGACAUGAGUUGACCUUGAUCUUGACCUAGUGACCUGCUGCCACAUUUCUGUAGCUACAGCCUUCAAAUUUAGACCACAUGCAUAGGUUUGUGUACUGAAAACAACUUUGACCUUGUUAUUGACCUAGUGACCUACUUUAACAUUUUUGAAGGUACAGGCUUCAGAUUUGGACCACAUGCAUAGUUUUUUGUUCCAAAAUAAAAUUUGACCUUGAUUUUGACCUAGUGACCUACUUUCACAUUUCUCAAGCUACAGCCUUCAAAUUUGAACCACGUGCAUAGUUUUGUGUACUGAAAUGAACUUUGAUCUUGAGAUUGACCUAGUGACCUACUUUCACAUUUCUGAAGGUACAGGCUUCAAAUUUGGACCACUUGCGUAGUUUUGUGUUCCGAAAUAAAAUUUGACCUUGAUUUUGACCUUGUGACCUACUUUCACAUUUCUCAAGCUACAGCUUUCAAAUUUGGACCGCAUACACAUUGUUUUGUACCAAAAUGAAAUUUGACCUUGAUUUUGACCUUGAACAAGUCUUGAAAUUUGGAACAUUCAAAAAUGGCUCAGUGGAUGGCGCCAAGAUCACUCUGUAAUCUCUUGUUAGGUUAAUAGGUUAAAGGUCAAGGUCAGAUUAAACCAGAAUGAACUUUUGUUUACAGUGAGCAUAUAAUUACUGUUCCUUGUGCAAUUACUGAAUGCAUCAAGGGGGGCAUUUCGUGUUCGACGAGCUCUUGUUAAAGUUAAGAUGGACAUUGAAAUCUACUGUUCUUUCAUCACAGUGACUGUGUGUAAACUUGGUGAAUUUACAAAUAGAGGGGUAUACUAUAUGUUCUAUUAGUGAGAAAUUCAGAACUCAGAAUAUAUUUAAUGACCCAUGUUUUCUAUGCAUAGUGGCCAGAUUUAAAAUGCGCUGAAAAAGUUUAAAGUAUCAGAAGUUAUUGUUAAAUAGAAAGUGUUGUGUUACUCUGCAAUGUUAAAAAUGUAGGUUAGGGGACUCUGGAAUAAGUUGGUGGCUGUUUUUUUUUCUUUCAUAUUUGCUAUGUGAUUGAUAUAUACUGUAUUUAAAUGUAUUGACAUGUUAAGUUUAUGGUAAAUAAAAAGUGAAUGAUAAAUUUGU